AUGGAUGGGAAAGCUAGCACCAGCAAGGGGCUUUCCCCUAGUUUUCCGGGGACUUCGGGAGCAUCUCUCCGGGGACAAUCCACUAAGCCUAAACGGCAGCUAGGGCAGAGUAAACGGUCCUUCUCUGAUCUUCGUGUGGCUACCAAGAUCCUGGAGCGCUACGGUGGGCAGAAUGACUCUCAGGUAUCUGAGAAGCAUUCCCAGACGCUCGAGUGGGCCAGGAAGGUCAUUAGGGGAGCAGAGGAGGGCAGUGAAAAGGGAGUGGAAGCGAAAGCGCCACAACCGGACUCGGGAGUUAAAAGACAACGCUCCCAGGAAGAGGACAUCCCGCAAGAGAAGAGGCCCAGGAUUGGUGGUGGCCCGCCAAAAUCAUUUAGCGAAGUCGCUAAGCAGGCGGGCUCGAUCAUUCUUGGAGUAAUGGACAGCGGAUACUGGAGGAUGAUUAUUCUUCAGAUAAAUCUUCAACACUCUAAGGCGGCGUCCGCCAACCUACUAAUCCACCUUGAGCAAGGUGGAGCUGACAUAGUCCUGAUCCAGGAACCGUGGCUGAGCAGCAACGGCAUUUCUGGACUCAGGACGAAAAGCUACAAUCUGGUGGCGUAUAGCGGGACAGGUAAACCAAGAUCCUGUAUACUCAUCAGAAAGGAACUUAACGCAUUUAUUUUGCCUAAUUUCAGCAAUGAAGACAUUGUAACGGUGAGCCUGGAGGGCCCUUCUGGGAAACUAUGGCUGAUGUCAGUCUACAUGGCACAUGACGAUGAGGUGGAACCACCUCCGGUGUUGCUAAGGAAAACCCUAGCCGAAGCAAAACGCAGGAAAAUCGGCGUUAUUAUAGGCACUGACGCGAACUCCCAUCACACCUGCUGGGGAAGUUCAGACAUCAAUGCAAGAGCUGAAUCAUCAGCGGAACCAUCCCUAUAG